UGCUGCUGCUGUUCUGUGGACUGUGCUGCAGGUUGUGGAGCUGCUGGGUCAGAGGGAUGUGGAUCUGCAGGCUGUAGAAGUGUCUCUUGGUUGGUGUAGCAGGUGUAGGUUUGGAGUAACCUUCACACAUACAAGAAAUGGAUCCUGCUGCAAGGUGUAAAGGAGGCUUUUCGGUAAAGUUCCCUCACUGACAUCCCGUCCUCCCGUCGCCUCUGCCCUGCUCACGUCGCAUGUGGCAUUUGGAAUAUCAGGAUUGAUACACCAGUGCUUAAAAUGCCUCGAAGUCUGAUGUCCAGCGAGGAGGAGAUGGCUCAGAGUUUCUCUGACUCUGGCAGCUCAGAGUCGGAGAGUUCGCGAGACGAACGUCCCUGUGUGGAGCGACCCACCAGCGGCCGGCUGGGCAACAGCCAGACAGACUCUAUUCUCAUCUGUGUGGUUAUCCCUGAUCUGCAGCAGUCUAAAUCCAUGAGGUUUAAGCCUGACGCCACGGUCUGGGCGGCCAAGCAGCAGAUCCUGUGCACACUCACCCAGAGUCUGAGGGAUGUACUGAACUACGGGCUGUUCCAGCCGGCCGUGGACGGCAGAGAGAGCUGCUUUCUGGAGGAGGAGAGACCGCUGAGGGAUUACUCCCUGCCCACCAAUAAGGGUGUUCCCACUCUGGAGUUUCGCUACAAGAGCAGGGUGUACCAGCACGCAAACGUCAAUGAAAAACAGAUUGAAAAGCUUCACACGCAGGCCAACCUGAGGAAGUUUAUGGAACAUAUUCAACACCAUCAGGUGGAUAAAGUGUCUAAGUUGCUGGAGAGAGGCCUUGACCCGAACUACCAUGACCCGGACACUGGGGAGACCCCCCUGACCCUGGCAGCCCAUCUGGAUAACGUGGUGGAGAUCAUAACGGUGCUGAAGAACAGAGGAGCCCAUUUAGAUUUCCGCUCUCGAGAUGGGAUGACGCCGCUCCAUAAAGCUGUCAGGGCCAAGAACCAAAUCGCUCUUAAGGCCAUGCUGGAGCUGGGAGCCUCUCCUGACUACAAGGACCGGCAGGGUCUGACUCCUCUGUACCACACAGUGACGGUGGGGGGUGACCCCAGCUGCUGUGAGGUGCUCCUGCGCGCUCACGCCACGGUGGCCUGCCACGACGAGAACGGCUGGCACGAAGUCCACCAGGCUUGUCGAUAUGGCCACGUCCAGCAUCUGGAGCACCUCCUGUUUUAUGGCGCGGACAUGCGGGUGCAGAACGCCUCUGGGAACACCGCCCUCCAUAUCUGUGCUCUCUACAAACAGGAGAAUUGUGCCAGAGUCUUGCUGGUGCGGGGAGCCAGCAAGGACGUGAAGAACCACCGCGGGCAAACUCCCUUCCAGGUGGCCAUAAUUGCAGGGAACUUUGAGCUGGCAGAGUUCAUAAAGAACCACAAAGACACUGAUAUUGUGCCUUUCCGGGAGGCUCCAGCGGUGUGUUCGGGCAGGGGCCGGCAGCAGCAGCAGCCACAGACGGGCAGGAGUACUCUGACUGCUCCACGGGUGCUCCUGCGCUCCAACAGCGACAACAACCUGAACGUAAAUAAGCUGCCUGCGCCACGCUCGCCCUCACGCUCACCCUCGCCCCUGCGCAGCCUGUCGCCCCGCAGGCCCCAGCAGAUGCAGAACAGCCCCAAUGGCACGGUGAAGACCAUGGGCCGGGGGAGCCGCCCCCCGCGCAGCCGCUCGCCCUCCCUGGGCCGGCUGGGGGAGGGCGACGCCCGGAGACAACACACCCCCCAGCGCCACAGCAGUCCACGUCCCACACGGGAUGGCUUCUCCGGUGCAGAAACCCCAGGGUCCAAACGCAAGCUGUACAGUGCUGUUCCCGGCAGACACUACGUGGUGGUGAAGUCCUACCAGCCACAGGCAGAGGGUGAAAUCACCUUAUACAAGAACGACAGGGUCAAAGUGCUCAGUGUUGGUGAAGGAGGAUUCUGGGAGGGCAGCGCUCGGGGGAAUGUGGGGUGGUUCCCGGCAGAGUGUGUGGAGGAGAUCCCCAAGAAGAGCAAUGAAGACCGACCCUAUGCCAGGGCGGACCGAUCUGAGCGGCGGAAGCUCUUUCGACAUUACACCGUGGGAUCGUAUGACAGCUUUGAUGCAUCCAGUGACUGCGUGAUCGACGAGAAGACGGUGGUGCUGCAGAAGAAGGACAAUGAGGGCUUCGGCUUCGUGCUGCGAGGGGCCAAAGCGGACACCCCGAUUGAGGAGUUUACACCCACCCCGGCCUUCCCCGCCCUGCAGUAUCUGGAAUCUGUGGAUGAGGGAGGAGUGGCCUGGCAGGCUGGACUGCGGACCGGAGACUUCCUUAUCGAGGUUAACCAGGACAACGUGGUCAAGGUGGGCCACAAACAGGUGGUUAACAUGAUCCGACACGGGGGCAAUCAUCUGAUCAUCAAAGUGGUGACGGUCAGCAGGAAUCUGGACCCUGAUGAUAAGUCUCGAAAGAAAGCUCCUCCACCACCCAGGAGAGCUCCCUCCACCGCUCUCUCCACACGCUCCAAAUCCAUGACCUCAGAACUGGAAGACCUAGUGGAUAAAGCCACUUUGAGGAAAAAGAAGGAUGAUCAGCUUUCAGAUAUUGCGGCUCUGAAGAAGAGGAUUGUUUUUCAAGUCACCCUAAAUAAAGUGGAGGAGGUUGUACCUCCCCAGAAGCCCGUGUGGGACAGCUCGAACGUGGACGUGAGGGUGGCGGCUGUUAAACCGCGGCCUACCAGCAGGUGCUUCGCUGUGGCCCCAGAAAUGAAUUCCCUGUGCAAUAGCCAGGACGUGUCAGUGGACUCGCCGCCAGUCACUGGAAGUCCUAAAGGUCCUUACCUGGGGGUACCAAAGGGAACCAUUCGCCGGCAGACCUCCAUAGGGGUAACGGAAGAAGAAAAACAGUUCCUCACUCCUCCCAUGUUGAAAUUCACAAGAAGCCUGUCAAUGCCUGAUACAUCAGAGGACAUUCCACCUCCACCAGCCAUCUCUCCACCAUCUCCACCCCACAACAGUGGCCCUGCACCUGCGGGGCGUGGUUACGGCACAAUCCGAGCAGGCUUCACCGCCCAAACCCCUGCUACAAACAGCACACCCCCAGAAAGAGGAGGAGACUCCAACAUCGGUUCAGGCUGGAGAGAACAGGGCAUGUUCUACAGAGACAGCCCUGAACAGUACGACUCUGAGGCUUGCAACAGCCCAACCGCCCAGCAGAGCCUUCACAUGCGCCGGGCCCAGAUUCCCGAAAACCCAUACUCAGAUGUUGGCAAAGGUCAUUCUGCCCUGUUUGUGCCAAAUAAGCCUGCAAGGAGGAAGGGCAUGCUGGUGAAACAGUCCAAUGUAGAGGACAGCCCAGAGAAAACCUGCUCCAUCCCCAUUCCCACCAUCAUCAUCAAAGAACCUUCCACCAGCAGCAGUGGCAAGAGCAGCCAAGGCAGCAGUAUGGAGAUUGAGACAUCUACACCAGAGCACACAGGCCAGCUCCGUCCAGAGGACGGACUCAACACAAGCAGCCCCUUUGCAACUGCAAUGGUCUCCAGCUCGGCAAGGGAGAAGAGGCUUGAGGUGCACAGAAACUCACCAUCUUUCAGAUCCACGGAUGCUGGGGAUGAGGAUGUAACUCCAACGCCUGCCCCACGAUUGCGACACUCCAAGUCCAUAGAUGAGGGCAUGUUUAGCAGUGACGAAAGAUUGAGAAGGCUCAUGGCGCCUCCCUCAUCUCUGCUAAGCAUACCACGAGGUGGUGGCAACGUAACAGACUUCAACAGUCCAGAGCCCACCAUGGUGCGGGAACUUCUCAACACUCGCACGGGACACAGUCCAAUCAGCCUGCCAGCUCACAAGACCUACAGCUCAGGUGGUGGAAACUACGUCCACCCCAUCACUGGGAAGCCACUGGACCCCAACUCCCCAUUAGCCUUAGCACUAGCUGCCAGAGACCGGGCCAUGAGGGAGCAAUCUCAGCCUUUGCCGCUUAAGAGUGACCCAUCCAAGCUGGACCUCAACAAGCCACUCUUCAUCGACACAAAGCUUCGGUCCAAUGUGGAUGUGAGCUUCUCCAGCACAGCCACCAUGGGCAGGCCACGGGGAGGCUUGCGGAGACAGAUGACUGAGUCCAAGUAUGAGACAGAGUCAAAGUACCAACUGGAUUUGGGCAAGCCUGAGAAGAGGGUGGAAGAGAAGAAGAACAUGUUGAUUGACAUUGUGGACACCUCACAGCAAAAGUCUGCAGGGCUGCUAAUGGUCCAUACCACAGACGGCGCUAAAUCAGAGGAAAACAGCCUGUCGGAGGGGGAGAGAGAUGAGGACAUCUGUCCGGACAGCACCCCAGGGGAACUUCGCGAUCCCAACCAACCAGCACCUGUUAACCCUCCACCUAGCAAGCCCACUGCCCCGCAAGGAAAGACCAUUAUCACCAUCAGUUCUGUAGAUGAACCAGUCAAGCUUCCCUUUGGUAUCCCUCCACCUCCUUUGGCCUCUGUAGACAUUGAUGAGGAGUUUGUAUUCGGUGAACCCCUACCUCCCCCAUUAGAGUUUGCUAACAGUUUUGAUAUUCCUGAAGAUCAGGCAGGGGCAAUCUCUGAGCUUCUGAAACAGAAAGCCAACGGCAUAAGGAGACCUUCCCUAGGUCCCUACUACCCCCACUUAAAUGCAAGCAACUCUGAGAUUAAAAGACCGACAGUCCUUACAAACUGCACGCCUCCCAGCUUCCCAACUGGGCCUCUGGAACCCUACGAGCCCAUUAUCGACUCAGGCAUCGAGGUGGACAGCCGGAGCAGUGGAGACCCCCAGCUGGAGACCACCAGCACUGUCUCCACUGUGUCCAGCAUCUCCACUUUAUCAUCAGAAGGAGGAGAGACCCUGGACACUUGCACCGUCUAUGCAGAUGGACAAGCCUUUAUGGUGGACAGGGCGCAGGUCCUGCCCAAGCCGAAGGCUAAGCACGCCGUCAACAAGAGCAAUGCACUUUAUAAGGACACCUUGAACGAGGAGAGCGUGGGCUCUUUCAGGGUGCCCUCCUCGGUCCCACCACCACCCCCCGGAACCGCCCCACCGGAGCCUCUGAAAACUCCAACACAAAGAACCUCAAAGCUCUGGGGUGAACCUCUGGAUCUGAAAAACCCCCACGGCCCAGAGGCCAAGCCCCAGGGGAUGUCCGAAAUGAACUCGGUCCUGCAACACGUCAACAAGGACAAAGCACCAAAGCCAGGAGAAGCGUUAGACUCUCCCACAGGAUGCAGGACUCAUUUUGGAUCGAGAAAUACGGACGCAGUGGUGUCCCUUGUCUCAGGUACCCAGCAGAACACCGCCGUCUCCUUCAGCGCCCAGUCCGGCCAGAACGUGCCUGCUUCCCCUUCGCCGUGCCGGCAGUCCAACAGCUUGCCCUCCUCCCCGCACCCGUCACACCCCCCGCAACUCCCGCCACACUCUCACCCACACCACCCGCACCCCCGCGCCCCGAGUCCCAUCAUGUCCCCUCCGGACUCGGGCCUGAGCUGUGCCUCCUCGUCCUCGCUCCCGGCCUCCGCCGCCUCCCCCACCAUGACGGACGUGUUCGGGCUGCCCACGCCCCCCCUCAGCCUGGGCACGGGCCGCAGCCGCUCCCCCUCGCCCCUCACCCUCAUCCAGGCCGCCUCCAACAAGCCCUUCGCCACCAAACCCGUGCUGGCCUGGAGCAAGCAGGACGUGGCCGACUGGCUGGAGAGCCUCAACCUGGCCGAGCACAGAGACGCCUUCAUGGACAACGACAUCGAGGGCAGCCACCUGCCCAGCCUACAGAAGCAGGACCUCAUCGACCUGGGGGUGACGCGCGUCGGCCACAGGAUGAACAUUGAGCGGGCACUCAAGUUGCUCCUGGACAGAUGAGACUGGGCUUGGCUUCGCCGGGGGACGUCACAGCCUUCUUUUGUUCAUAAAAGCUUUGUUCUGGUCAUUCCUCUCUAUCUUUUUUUGUAUUCCGUUCACUUAUUUAUUUCGUUCACUUAUUUAUCAUUGCCUGCGGUGGAUUUUUUCUCCAAGGAAAGACACGCGACACACGUUCUGAAGAAAACUAAAAACGCCAGAGUUUUGACACUCGGCGCUAAGACUUUGUUCCGGCACAAGCACAAAAGCUCUUCGUACACAGAAGCUCCAGCUACUGACGGGACGUGACAAAGCCAACCGGCUGUGUGGAGUCCACGCGCUCUGGCCGACGGUUCGUUCUCUCCUUUGGCUUUUACUUUGGACUCGGGCCUGACGUGAAUGCACUGAAUACCAGCAGAGCUGGCCGACCAUUUUCUAUCUUUGCUAAGACGACUGAUUAUCCAGAGAGUAUUUCUUCAGGAAAAAGGGAAGGAUGGUAUGUUUAUCAGCUGCCUAUGAAAUAUUGUGCUUUUUUUUUUUUUUUGCCCUCCUUCUACGCGUUCACAGUUCGGAAGUAGACGGAUCUGUAAGGCGAGUGCGUUUGGUGCCGUGAUGUUCCUCAGUUCACAUUGCUCACGGUCCUGGGACAGGCAUCCUCACCAGAAACACCAGGAGUCACACCUUUCUGUACGUGCAUUGAGAGCGAGCUGCAGGUCUCUUGCCAUUUUUCCAUCUCCUUGUUUUUGGUUAUGGUUAACUUUUAGAUAUUUGUCUGAAUGGGUCAAAAGAGAAAUUACGCAAGUCUUUCUACUGAUAUUUAGUGUCUUCCACAUUGUUAGGAGGUCUAACAGCACUGCUGCCAUUUUGUUCGGUUCCUGAACUCCUACUAGACUAGACUGCUUUUUUCCCUCCUGUAUUUUUAGAUCUUAUUAUCUCCCAGCUGUUUUCCUUUGUGCCACUAGAUUGUCUCAGUAUCACACUAGCUUGGCAAAUAUUCAAAUAAAAACUGAUUGGAGUAUAAAGUCAGGUGAGGAACGAGGUUUAGGGGAGGUUUAGGAGAGCAUCAGGACUGAAGUGUGGAAGAGUUGCCUUUAGAGAAACAUCAGCGUUGUUUCUGUACCAAUUAGCUUUGUGAUUUGCUAGAGUCUACAGUCUAUAAUUCAUCCAGUGGCCUAACUGCAUUGUCUACUGUAGGCAUAUCAUCAGUUAUAAUUAUUUUAUUCAGUCAUUUAACUUAUGUUUUAUUAUUACCCAUUCAGAUUUAUUAUUUGGAUAUUCUAUUUAAAUAUAAUUGAACAUAUCUAUGUUUCUGUAGGCACACUAUUUCUUUUUUUGUCUCCUGAAGGCAUACUAUUAUUGAUUGUUUAUUAAUUGUUUAUUUUACAACGUAUUAUUUAUUAUAACCCAUUCAGAAAAAUUAUUUGGAUAUUUAAUUCACAACUAGAGCGUUACACAAAACCUCCGCAAACUAUACAUAUCACUGUCACAAAUUGUAAAAUGGUCAAUUGUUUACUGGAUGUUUUAGAGUUGCUUUGUGAAGUUGAAUGCGAGAGUGAGCGCGAGAGCGAGUGAGAGAGACAGAGGUUCUUUUAUUUGUUGCUUUAUGUAAAACGCAGACCAUCUAUCUACCUUGAAGCAUGUUUUAAGUUGGAUUACGGCGUACUCACCCCUGCUGUGCUGCUUUGUAUUCUUUCUUAUCUUUUCCUAUUCGCCACAAAGUGUAUGUUGUGUUAAACGCCCUUUCCCAUCCCCCUGCCCUUCACUCUUUCUGACCCUUAAAGCUCCCUGCUUUCCUCCAUUUGUGAGGAAAGUCAUGUUCUAUUUUAUUUUAUUAAUUUUAUUUGCCUUGGUGGCCAAAUCUAGCUUGAACAUUUGCUCAUCACAUUUGCAGCUUUACAUAGCCUAUAAAAGAGCUAAUCACCAUUUGAUAGUACAAUUAGUUGAAUCAGUCUUAUUGAAUUAGCCUGGGUCGACUCUUUGUGCAUCAGCUGCACCCGAGCAUCAUGCAAUACAGUCUGUCUUUGUUUUAAUACCCAGUCAUUGUGCAACAGACCAUACAUACACAAAUCAUACAUCCUUUCAAGCCUUCAAACGAGUUAUCAACGAGGGUGGACCAUCAUUUCAGUCGCUUUUGGACUGACUGACCAGCCAGCAGCUUCAUACAUUUCAUCUUUGGUUGCAUUAAGUUCUGAGUACUGUGGUUAUGCUUGAACUGAGGGAAAAGUCAUAGUAACAGAUAUGAAUAUGAAUAUGGAAAAAAUGAAUGUGAAUGGACGGGUCGAGUGCACCCAGACGGUGUUCGGUGUAAGUAUGCAGUGAAAGAUAUUCAGCAACGUGUUUGCUUAUCUCUACCUUAGAGGAGUUAGAGUUAUCAAUCAUCUCUAUAUAUCUUAUUUUAGGAAACAGCACAGUAUUUUAAAGAUUUAUAGAACUAUUUGAGAUUUUUAUGACAUUUAACUGAUCUGUGGUGUGCCAAAAAAUUCUAUGUGGUAUCGGUUAAGAAGCAAUACACAAUCUUCAAGAAAA